UGGUUCUUCUCGUGGCGAGCCACUACAAAGACUUUCCCGAGCAGGUGUAGUACAGCCAGCGGAGAGCUCAGAGGAGGGUCACCAGGCUGGGCACUGACCCUUUUUCCCCCCUCACGGAAAGACAUGCGGUAGCGUACGAGCCGUUUUGGUGACAGAAACAGCGGCGAAAAGGAGGAGAGGAGGACGGCGACGGUACGUUUCGCGUCUUGGCGCCCGCUGAACAUGUCAUGGAGGGAGUUCCUCCUCACCAAGGAGCUUCUCUGUGAGCAAACAGCAACUGAGGACGAUGUCGGAGCAGGGUUAUGGAUUGACUCUAUCUGCUGCACCCCCGCUUCGCAGAGGAAGCACCCCGCUACCAAUCAAACACCAGCUAAAGCGGGGGGAGGCUGUCUCAGAGGACUAUGACUGGACACCAGGUGUAAAUGAGCCCACCCCUCCACCGGUCAGCAGCAGUGACAUCAAGGAUGCACUGCCACCCCCUAAGCCCCCACCGCAGAAGUACCACGGGCCCCUAAGAAUUGUUCUACUGGGGCAGAAUGGGGUGGGCAAAUCCUCACUGGCACUCUCUCUUGCUGGGCUGUCUGACAGAUCUCUUUCUGUUGAUUCUGAAACCCAAGCAAGCGAUGAGGGGUAUCAGCGGAGAGUGACAAUAGAUGAUGAAGAUAGCUCCAUCUUGGUGUAUGACAACUGGAAGCAGGACCUGUCCACUCUGCAGUGUGAGGUGUGCAUCCUUGUCUUCUCCCUGACAGACAGACGUAGUUUCCACCGCGUGGCUCAACUGCGCCUGUUGCUGAGGGAGAGCCAUCCAAACACUCCCAUCAUCCUUGUGGGCAACAAAAGCGACCUGGUUCGCUCCCGAGAGAUCAGCACAGAGGAGGCUCACUCCAGCGCAAUGGUGUUCGACUGCUUGUACCUGGAGCUGUCUGUCUCACUGGACCACCGCACAAAUGACCUCCUGGAGGCAGCGGUCCGGGCUGCCCGGGGCCACAGCCUGGGGCCUGGCUGGACGGAGGGUUCCCCAGGAGCCGGCCGACGUCAGAGCCUGACCAGCAGGGCCAAGCGCUUCCUGUCCGGGCUGGUGCCGCGGUCACACCAUGGGCGGGACAGGGACCGAGAGCGGGACCUCAGCAGACACCGGGCCAGCAGGAUGCUGAGACAAAAAUCACGUUCCUGCCACGACCUCAGCGCUCUGAUGUGACAUGGAGAGAAUAGGCGAAUAGAAAGAGAGAAGAAAAAACUGGAGAAAUGAUCUAAAAGAGGACAGUCAAUGAGACAUAACAGCAGGGCCGCUGUUCCAUAACAAAUACAUAUUUUCACAUCUUUUUUCCUUUGGUUGGUGAUCAGAACUGACCGCAUAUGAGGAAGCCAUACUAAGAAAGUUACACUCCUUGACCAGCAUGUAGUAUACAUGUAGUUAGUAUGUAGUCUUCACCAUUUUGAAGAUAAAUCAAUGGCGGAUUUACAGCCCAUUCAUCACUGAUGCAAAAGGGGAGCAGCCAUUUGAGCUGGUUCUAAUUCUCUCUGAAUACUGCAUGAAAGUGUAGCUUUGCAGACCAUAUGGUCAGAAUUCUGCUCCUCUCAUAGCCUCAGUGAUCUGGUCUAAUGGGAAAGAGAGAAGGACCAAAUGCAGGACAUGUCUGCUUGUUUUUCAUUGGGUUGGAAUGAACCACAUUUGCGGAAGCCGUACUGAGAAAGUCUUACUUCUGCACUCACAUAGUUUGUAGCUUUUACAUUACAGAUAAAGUCCACCAGUUUCCCUCAGUUUCUGAAUAAUUCAGUCCUUACGAUGUAAACCAAAAAUCUGAAUGGUCUCGAUAUGAAAUACUCUGUUCUAGAGAAACUAACAGAGUCAGAAUUGUUUACAGUGGUGGUGAUGAGAGUCUGAAGAGUUUAACGCCUCUAUAAGCUCCCAAACAGGACGUUAUUACUCAACAUGGCUACAGAUCAGCUGCCUAAGACAAUACAAAUCUGUUACAGUAAAUGAAACAUAGGAAAUUUAUGGUAAUGUGUGGCCUAAUACAGGAAAUGUAUGGUAACAUGAAGAUGAAUUUGAAUGGCUUUAGCCCACUCCUGGUCCUGGAGCCCCUGCCGAGUUUGGCUCCAGUCAUAGUCUAUCUAAUGAAGCCUUCUGAGACAUCUGAAUAAUUGAGCCAAGUGUGCUAGUAGACCAGGGUCAAGACUAGGCACCCAUGGCCUAACUGUCAUAUUAUCAUUAUCUGUUAGGCCAGUUCGGGUAUAUACUUUAUUUCCAUAAAAGCUCGAUUUAAAAUAAAAGCGAAGACAUUUAUUUUAGGUUUUAUUUACUGUGUCAGAUUUUCAGUGGCUCAGAUGUCUUAGUGUGUUGUUUCAGUAUUUCUAGAUGAACUUUCUUCUUUACACAAUGCCAUCUAUUUUCUGAAGUGCACCAGUCCCUUUUCCAGCAAAACACCCCCACAUGAUGCUGCCACCCCCGUGCUUCACAGUUGAGAUGGUGUUGGAUUAGAGCUGACCAUUAUGGCCAAACAGUUCCAUUGUUGUUUCAUCUGACCUUGUGGUAUUUUAAGUUGUUUGGAAAUUGCUCAUGAAGAGGAACUAAUGGAGGUCCACUUUUUUUUUUCCUGAGGUCGUGACUGAGUUGCUUGGACUUUCCCAUUGUAUCAAGGGUAAAAGGUCCAGGGCUCUAAAGGUAGGCACUUAAGUACAGCUGCAGGUACACUUCCAAUCAACUCAGAAUUAAGACAAAUAGCAAAUCAGAAGCUUCUAAAGGUUAUUACAUCCAUUUUUUGCAGUCCAUGCUGGUCAACUUGGUUCAUGUAAAUAUCUGAUCUACUGGAAAUCUGAUAUAGUGAAUUUAAGCUGAAAAAAAUGGUAAAGAUACUGAAAUAAUAAUGGAUAUAUUUGUCUUAUAGACAUCAUGAACUCUGGUUCCUAUCAUCACCACUGUAAAGAAAUCCAAGUCACUAAGUUUCUCUACAAUGAACCAUUUCAUGUCAUUUCAUGGGGCAGUUACGGGCUGGAGGUUAGGGAAUUGGCCUUGUGACC